CAAAAAUUAUCUUCAAGGUGAUAUAAAAAUGUAUCAUCACAAUCACAAUACUGUUGGGUACUAUUUUCAUUGACCAAAAAAAAUGUCAUAUGUUUUGGACAUUUUUUCGGAUUUGGCUACAAACAAAAAAGUUUCUAAUGAAUCGUGAUAUAACAGGUGUUGAUGAAGAGCUUAUUAGAAGCUUUGCUACGAUUUUAAAGACAAUUUCCAGUGGAUUCAGUAUCAAUAUUGAUGCGUUUGAAAAAUAUUGCUCUAAAACAGCAGAACUUUAUGUAAAGAAGUAUAAGUGGUAUCACAUGCCACAAAGUAUCCACAAGCUACUUAUUCAUGGUCCAAGAAUAAUAAAAGAAGCUGUAAAUAUUAUAAAAACUUUAGGGAAUAUCACACCCGAAAAUUUUCCAGAAGUGAUACAAUGAGUGACUUGAUAAACAUGAACUUACUACUUUCUUCAGAUCGUCGCAUAACCAGUCUUUGAGUUGAGAAACCAAAGAAAAGCGAUAGCAUUUCACCUGAUGUAUUGCGACUUUUAGAGAAUUUUGAAAUUAAUCAAGAUGACGAAAACGAUGAUGAUUAAAAGUUA